AUGGAAGGGCAGCCAGGUCCUCCAGCCUGCGAGCCCCCCUUUUCCCAGAGGCUCUCCCCCCUUUCCCAAGGAGAUGGACCAGAAGGUGAAGAAGACGAAGAAGAAGAAGCUCAGGAGAAGGUGCAACCAAGAGGAGAUCCAGGAGAAGUCUCCCUGGAACCACCUUCCCUGGAGGAAUCAGGACGGUGCUGCUGUGGGCAGGGGUCUCCAGCCCCUCGGGGGGCAGGCAGGUCCUGCCAGAAGGUGGAUGAGGAUGAGGAGGAUGAAGGAUCUUCUCCAUCCCACGAAGCCCUGGAGAACCCGCGGCCGCGCCGGCGGAAGCACCGGCUGCUCCUGAAGCCGGAAACGAGUCGCCCCUUCCCAACAUCUCCAGGAUGGGAGGAGAGUCUGGAAGAGCCUGGACCUUCCCGUGGGAAGAGGCUGAGGUUGAUCUGGGGAGACUUGAGGCAGAGGGAGGUGGAGAACGGGCUGGAGGAGCUUCCAAGGAGCAGCGAGGAAGAGGAGGAGGAGCGAAGGUCUCGCUCCUGCUCUCCCGAUCCCGACCAUUCCCACCCCAAGCCGGACUUUGUCCAGUUGAUCGACGAACGUGGCAUCUACUCCACGGCCAAGCUGGUGUUGGGGGGCAGGGUGGGCGAGCUGGAGGAGGUGGCCGUGGGGCUCCCAAACCACCCCACGCAGGUGGGCAGCGAGGUGGGCGAGCUGGAGAUCCGGCAGGUGAUCGUGGACGAGAAGCCCUUCCAGUGCGGGGUGUGCGAGAAGGCCUUCAAGAGGGCCUGGGAGCUCUUCAGCCACGAGGUGGUGCACAACGAGGAGAGGCCCUUCCGCUGCGACCUCUGCCAGGCCUCCUUCAAGCGCCACUCGGACUUCAAGAGCCACAGGUUGGUCCACACGGAGGAGAGGCCCUUCCGGUGCGAGCUCUGCGGGAAGCGCUUCAAACGCUCCUCCAACCUGCAGGAGCACCGGCGCAUCCACAGCGGCGAGAGGCCCUUCCGGUGUCCCCGCUGCUCCAAGAGCUUCAAAACCCCCUACGAGCUCCAGCGUCACGCCCUGACCCACUGCCCCGACAAGCCCUUCAAGUGCUCUGACUGCGGGAAGGACUUCCCCACCUCCAACGCCCUCCUGCUCCACCAGCGCCAACACUGCGACGACAAACCCCACGUCUGCGGCGUCUGUGGCAAGAAAUUCACCUACGGCCACAGCCUGAAGGUCCACGAGAGGGUCCACACGGGCGACCGCCCCUUUGUCUGCCCCCUCUGUGGGAAGGGCUUCAAACAGUCCAACGCCCUCUCCUCCCAUGAGAGGGUCCACACGGGGGAGAGACCUUUUGUCUGCAAGACCUGCGGGAAGGCCUUCAAGCAGUCGUCCUACCUGGUGAUCCACGAGAGGGCCCACACGGGGGAACGGCCCUACAAGUGUGAGGCCUGUGGAAAAGCCUUUGCCAGGCCCUCCCUCCUCCUCCAGCACCACCGUGUCCACAGCCAGGAGAGGCCCUACAAGUGCAGCUUCUGCCACAAGUUCUUCAAGGACCUGGCCUACCUGGCUGUCCACGAGAAGGUCCACACGGGGGAGACCCCCUACAAGUGCAGCGUGUGUGACAAGGGCUUUGCCCACCCCUCCAACCUGCUGCAGCACCAGAGGGUGCACAGGGAUGGCUGA